AUGGAAGAGAUCUCUCCCCCUGCUUCGACCAAGUCGAAAUAUGCCUCCUUCAGCCCAACCAAGCGGGAAGAAGAUCAAACCAAGGUUGGCACAGUGGAAAUUACCUUCCUGGAUCCGGCGUCACAAAAGCUGUCCAACAAGGAGGUGUUUUUGGAUCCUGACUCCUGGUCUCGCAAGCAUAAUGAGAUGCGAUUUCUCAUCAGCGCAGACCUGGUGAAUCUGGUGUCUGAGUCACAUGCAGCGCGUCAGGCGCGCUUCAGGAAGGCCAAGAAACGCUUGGAGCAGGCACGCUUAGCUUUUCUCAUCGACCUUUGGAAGCUGCGUGGGCUCGUGGAGCGCCUGACCCGGGCAGUGGAAGAGCUGCUCGGGGAAGCGGCUGCCAGCUUUGUCAACGAGCCGUGUCAAAUCCAUUUCUUCGUGCCUGAACUGUACUUCGAUGAUCACACUUUGGAGUGCUUGAGACGUGCUAGCGAUGUUUUCCUGAAGCAUUUGCUUGAAGAGAUGCAUGAACUUCAGGAACGCCUUGAUUUACUGGGUGGAAAGAACUGGCGAAACUUAUUGGCCUAUGCCCUGAAGUUUAUGACCACAGCAGAGAUUCCUGGAUUUCAGAGACAUGAUGGCAUCCCGAAUCCCAAGACCCGAAGGACGGUGGAAAAUGCCAUCACCCGGGGCCUUUGGGAUCAGAUGGAUGACAUACAGCCCGUCGUCGAAGAACUGGAGAUCGAAAUGGAAGACUACAACGCACGUUUUGAUUGGGUCCAGGAGGAGAUUGCGAGACAGUUGCAGCAGAUCAGCAGCUUCAAUGAGCGCCACGAGCAGGCCAAGACCAGACUAGAGGCAGAAGUUCCAGAUGUGCCAGCAGAUUCCGACUCAGAGGUACCUGAGGAAGAGGAGGAGGAAGAAGAGGAAGAGGAAGAGCACGACUCCGACGAUGAGAGUGCCACAUCCUCUGCAGAUGAUUGGGACGAAGAAGAAGAGAUUCGAAAGUUUGUAGCUCUGAAAGGACAGGCUCCAUCGAAAGCUCAGCUGAAGAAGUUGAAGAAGUCGCACGCCAAGAUCUCCAAGCUGAAGACGGAAAAGGCAAAGAAAGAGCAAGAAGCGGAGGGCACCUCCAAAGCGAAGAUCAAGGAGUUGCUGCAGAGAUGGGAGAAGAAGGUCGCUUCAGCGCAGGAGUCCCUGAAGGAACUGGAGCCGUCACUGCAGAAGGCUGAAGACCAAACCGAGGAGGAGAUCGAUGAGGAGCCUGGGGAUUUGCUGCAGCAGAGCAAAGAAGCUGAGAAGCUGGAGCAAGAGGCUGUGAAGCUGACCAAGCAGACGGAGCAGAAUCAGCAAAAGGCUCAGACGCUGGAAGUGCAAGUUCAGGAGCUGUUGUCUCUGAACCGUGGAAGGGAGCAAGAGCAGAAGGUGCAAGAAGAGCAAGCAGAGGUAAAAGAACUGGUCCAGGAAGUCCAAAGCCUUCCGCCGCCGGAUCCUCGGGUGGCCCAGCUGCGACUCUUGGGCGAGGAACAGGUGGAGCUGAUGAAAAAGUGCAAGAUCGUGGAGGCUCAAAAUGUCAAAGUAGCCGGGCGAAAUCGGCUGCUGAAGAUGGAACUGCGAGAGCUCUACCGAAUGCUGAAGAUUCCUUGGGAAGAUUCUUCUGAUGAUGAGGACGAUGAGGAGGAACAGCCAUACUGGUUGCGGAAGAAGUUAGCCGAAAAGACCGCUUCUUCCUCCAAGGGUUUUGACCACCACCAUUUCCUGGACGGCGAGGGUGCUGCCAAGCUGCGUCGCUUGAAGAAGAAGUCCAAAUCGCAGAAACUCCGUGCAGCGGCCUUGUUGCUGGGGCGGCUUGCGGCCUCCCGGCGGACCCAGGAGCAUUCCGGCAUUGAGGCGCCAAGCGAAAGCAAUGUGUUGCCUUUCAAGGACAUGGGGAGCAUUCAGGUGCCCGAGGGAGAAGCGAUCAAGGUGAAGGUGGAUGAGGUCUCCAAGAGUUUACAACUCUUCAAAGACACCUUGGAGCUCCAGCUCAAACAUGUGAAGUCCAAAGAGGAUUUGGUAGAAGCUCCAGUCCCAAGACUGGACACCGACCGGGCCAGUCCGACCGGGCUGGGCCCCUUCAGCGGUUUGUUUCCCACGCGGAUGAAGGGACAGCUCUCCACCGGCGACCGCGGCGACGGAGUCCGCGGAGAGUCGGAGUGGUCGAGCGAUGGACGCCUCUCGAGCCAUAAUUUGCUGCCCGGGGACAGCUCUCCACAGUCGGACGGUGGGCACGGGCGGAUGAGGAGGGGUGUGGGAGUGAUUACGCGUGGGUGCCAAGGCUUGAAAAUGAGCUUCGAUCAUGAUCUGCCACCAGAUGUGGAGAGCUCCGUCCCGUCCAAGCCGAGUCCCUCACGCGACCGGGUGCUCCGAGCUCCUCCGUGGGCCGCGGCCGCCCGGGGCACGUGGACUUCGGCUUCCGGCCCGAUGGCGCUGGACGCUGAGAGGGGGAAUGAGCUAGGAGAGGAAUCGGUGGAAAGCUGGUCCUUGUUCAAAGUGAACAAAGGCGCCGCACCGAAUGAGUCGAACUGUUCGUCGAAGACUGGUGAGACGAACGCCCGGAUGCCGCCCGGUGAGACGACGGCACCCAAGUCUUUUGGUGGGAAGCCCGUGACGCAGUCCUCCCGCCGACCCGACCGCGAUGAAGGUGCAUCGCCGGUGCGGCCCACGCGUCACAGCAGCGAUGCUCCACAAGACACGGCAUCCUACUGCGAUUUUGGUGAGUAUGUGUCUCAACUUCAACGGAGCAAGGAAUCUUGGCAAAGUGCUUCCACGCCUGACUUGGCCAAGAGGAGCCGGCCAAAGCUCCCCGACUUGGUGAAGACCAGUAGCCAACAACUCUUAACUCCAUUGGAUUGGUCCGGUCGAUGGAAGUCCGACCGCCGGAGAGUGAAGCCAGACCGUUUGUGA